AUAAGGAAUUAGCUUCACUAACUAUUGAUAAAAGUCUUCGAUAUCACGAUCGAAAAAUGUCGACUCGGGCUGUGAAGAUUGUGAUUUCCGUACUUUUUGUAUGCAUUGCAACAUCCUCGGGCGAAGAUGAUGACUCAGAGAAAAAAAUAUCGACGGAACCCACACAGAACCCCGAUGACAUAUGUUUAACAGCACAAUGUGUUCAUGCAGCAUCGAGGAUGCUGAGAUUUCAGAAUUCACAGGUGGAUCCUUGCAACGAUUUUUACGAAUUUGCAUGCGGUAGUUUUGGGAGAUCAGCCGUAAUACCCGACGAAUAUGGGAUGGUGGAUGCGCGAAUUAAGGCCCAAUUUAAAGUCGAAUCACGUCUGCAACGACUCAUUGAAGGAAUUGACGAAAAAACCGAAUUGAAGCCUUUCAGGCUGAUCAAGAUUUUGUACAAUAACUGUAUGAAGUUCGAAUGGGUGGACGAGAGUAAAGAUGCUGAAAAUUGGCUGUCCAUUGUCAAAAAUGCAGGCGGUUGGCCAUUAAUGCUCCAGGACAAAUGGCCCGAAACAACGUUUGAUAAAAGAGACACGCUGAAGUCCAUUUUCACAAUCGUUUAUGACAAAGACCUGACGAACAAUGAAAAUUAUAUUUUGACCCUUUCAGUAAAAAAUCCUCCAAUUGAUCGGCACUAUCUGAGGAAAGACUUCAAUAACAAAGUGAAUUUGGCAUAUUUCAAUUACAUGGUUGAUAUUUCUGUUCAUUUCAACGCUGAUAGAUCAAAUGCUACUGUCGAACAGCUAUAUGUUUUCCUCACAGAAAUGAGUCUUUUUGGGUCAGUAUUCACAAAGGAAGAUGAAAAUGAAUGGUAUCGACACUACACUAAAAUAACUCUCAAUGAGUUGGAGACGAAAUUUCCGAAUCUAGGAUUCCGCAAGUUUUUAGACAGAUCCGAUAACCCGGAGAUUCAAAUGGAAGUCGAUAUCGAAACGCUCAAGCGUCUCGACCAUUUUAUAUCUUCGGCUUCAAAGAGGACUCUAGCGAAUUUGGCCAUAUGGCGACUGGUGUCGAAAUUUGCAAAGAAAAUGAACGGUUACAUAGGUCGGAGAACGCAAGCGUUUCAGAAUAUACUGGAAAGCAGGCGAGAAAAAAAAGCCAAAUGGAAGGAAUGCAUUUCUAUAGCGCACUCAACUUUUCCACUGAGUUUGGCCGCUCUGUACCAGAGGCGUUUUGUGGACAACGAUGUUGUGGAGGACCUAACGACGAUGUUUGGGAAUGUGAAACAACAAUUUGUGGAACUUGUAACCGAGGCAACAUGGCUGACAAAUGGAACGAAAGAAAAGGCUGUUGAAAAAAUAAGAAAUAUGACGGAUAAUCUCGAGACCUGUCGGGAAUUCAUACGCGACGACGAACUCGAGGAAUAUUAUCGGGAUCUCGAAUUAACCGACGCUCCGUUCGAAGCCAAUAAGAUUAACAUAAGCUCUUUCUUUAAUAGAAAAAGAGAACGCAAAUUUUCGAACGUUGCGGAUCGGACCGAAUGUGGGGAUAUUUUAUUAUUGAGCGCCAUGUACGAUCGAAAGCAGAAUCACUUACGACUCGUUACUGAUUUAUAUACCGGGGCUUGGUACAAUAUCAAUCGACCAAAGUUUCUAAACUAUGGUGCAUUAGGAUCACUCAUGGGUCACGAGAUCUCGCGCACUGUUGACAAGGAUGGGAGACACUUCAUGGUUAAUCAUAGCCUUGGGCUAUGGUGGGACCCGGAAAGUGUUGAAAAAUAUGAUACAAAAAUCAAGUGCUAUGAUGGCCAAUAUGAUGCGUUGUACUACUACAAUCUCAUAGAUGGCGAGGAUCAUGGUCUCUCUAUACAAGCUUCAGCGAGUCUGCCUGAAAACGUGGCAGAUAACGUAGGUGUUAAGGCAGCAUACCGUGCUUACCUCAAAUGGGCAGAUGAAAAUGGUCCAGAAAAAGAAUUGCCAGCGUUCAAGUAUACGCCGAAACAAUAUUUUUGGAUCGCUAUGGCCAACACUUACUGUGUCAAGUACCGACCAGAAUACUUGGAAAACGGGAUCUCACGAGCAAAGCAUGCCCCGAAUAAAUAUCGUGUCAACGGACCAGUAUCAAACAUGCCAGAAUUUGCAGACGAUUUCGGAUGUCCUUUAGGCUCUCCAAUGAAUCCCGUCAAUAAGUGUUCGGUCUGGUAAGCCCUAACGUCAUUGUCGUCAGAUCGAGUUCGUCCAAUGUUUUCCAAAAUAUUUAUAAAUUUAAAUAAAGAAUAAAAUCAAUGUAAAUCAUUUUUCAUGCUCCCCGAGCCGAAAAUACGCACUUGCCGGCCGCAUUUCAGGCCGGAAAGAGCAGUUUUCGUGGCCGGCUGACUCGGCUAACUUCAGUGCGCUCUGACGAUAUUUUUGCGGCCGGUGAUGCUUUCUUAAAAAAAAAAGACAUUUUUCUUUACACCUCGCGGUCGAAAGUACGCAGUUUUUCCACCAAUUUUAGUACCGAAAGUACAACCUUUCUGCAUUGUCAAAACUGCACGCGCGUCAUUUGUCUCGUCGGGAGCAAACAAUUUUGUCUGCAUAUUCCGAAAGGUUUGACAUAGUUUUAUUGACGUGAUUUUUUUGACGUUUGACGUUUAAAUCGAUAUUGCCUGCACAGCUUUUGAGAAAGACCGUGUCUAGUCGUCUGGAAACCGUAUGAAUAAGGUUAUGUUACCAAAACAGCGCUAAACUGCUACAUGUCCGGACGAAUAAUAUGCAUUUAUUUUUCCAGAUGAAAUCGAUGCGACGACAAAAAAUAAUGUAAUCGAAUUGAUUAAAUGUCCGAAACAAUGCUCUAUUUUCAGAUGCAUAGGAAAGUAAAUAUAUUCAUAUAAAUUAUGAAAUAUAGUAGCGGUAAAUAUUCAUAGAGAAAUUGUUAACUGCAUGUAGCGAAAAAUGAAAAUGCGUGGAAUAAAUUUAACAAAAGCAGUGGCACGUUACGAAAGUACACACUUUUCUUUAAACGCAUUGUCUGAUCGUCCGGUUACCGUAUAUUUAGCAUUAGCCUAUUCGUCCGGUUUGUAUAUUGCUGCUGAGAACUGUUGUCGUGUGUACUUUCGUAAUCCGUAGUCCGGACCAUCCGGACUUGUACGUUUCGGAAAAAACGUACUUUCGACCGGCUGUAAAGAAAAAAUAAUAUACAAAACUCGUGAAUUAAGCUGCUCUAUUAUAGCUAACUUCACGCCGUGCAAUAAUAGGCAGCUUAAGUCACACGUAUCGUAAUGUGCUAAUACACUACAAUAAAUGCCCUCAGCUUCGCCUCGAGCAUUAUGACGCGCAGUGCAGGAAUUUCAAACUUUCUGCCCUUUUAGUGUAAUAUACUAUCGAUAUAUGAAUGUGAAGCCUGUAUUCGUUGCCAUGAUUUUGUUUAU